AUGGUAGAGUAUAAAAAGGAUGGUAUCUCUGAAUUUGCCUUGGAAAAAGCCUUACUUCAAAGUAGACCAUUACCUCACAUACCUGCUCUACCAGACGGAGAUCCUCCAAGUGGUUCAAGUGUUCAAACUAUGUCUCAACAGCUUAACUUGGAUCCACAUUCAUCUUCAUCGAGCAGUGGCCUUCUUGAAGCAGCAAAUAGAUGGACAAGUAAAGAAAAUCUUUUAACUCAAGAAGAAGAUGACCCACAACUUUUUGUCGCAUUGUAUGAUUUUCAAGCAGGGGGUGAAAAUCAGCUGGGAUUAAAAAAAGGUGAACAAGUCCGAAUAUCAAGUUACAACAAAAGUGGAGAGUGGUGUGAAGCUCAUUCAAACAGUGGCCAAGUUGGCUGGGUGCCAUCAAAUUAUGUAACUCCCUUGAAUUCCUUAGAAAAACAUUCUUGGUAUCAUGGUAGAAUAUCAAGAAAUGCAGCUGAGUAUCUUUUAAGUUCUGGAAUAAAUGGCAGUUUUCUUGUCCGUGAUUCCGAAAGUAGUCCUGGACAGCGCAGCAUAUCUUUGCGGUAUGAAGGACGAGUAUAUCAUUACAGAAUUAAUGAAGACAUUGAUGGAAAAAUGUACGUGACAACAGAAAGUAUUUUUAACACACUAGCAGAAUUGGUCCACCAUCAUUCUAUGGUUGCAGAUGGCCUUAUUACGCAGCUCUUAUACCCAGCACCGAAGCGUAACAAACCAACAGUGUUCCCCCUUAGUCCAGAACCUGAUGAAUGGGAAAUCAGCAGAACUGACAUAGUUAUGCGACAUAAGCUAGGUGGAGGACAGUAUGGAGAUGUAUAUGAAGCGGUGUGGAAACGGUACAGCAUGACAGUUGCAGUGAAAACUCUUAAAGAGGAUACCAUGGCACUUAAAGAUUUUUUAGAAGAAGCAGCAAUCAUGAAAGAAAUGAAGCACAGAAAUUUAGUUCAACUUAUAGGCGUGUGUACGAGAGAACCGCCCUUUUAUAUUAUAACUGAAUUCAUGAGCAAAGGAAAUUUACUCGAUUAUUUACGUAAUGAAAAUAAGCAUCAAAUAAAUGCUGUAGUUUUAAUGCACAUGGCAACACAAAUUGCCAGUGGAAUGAGCUAUCUCGAAAGCCGAAAUUUCAUUCACAGGGACUUAGCUGCUCGAAACUGCCUCGUUGGAGAAAGUCAUUUGGUAAAGGUUGCUGAUUUUGGUUUAGCCAGACUGAUGAGAGAUGACACUUACACUGCUCAUGCAGGUGCAAAAUUUCCAAUCAAAUGGACAGCUCCUGAAGGAUUAGCUUACAACAAAUUUUCAACUAAAUCUGACGUUUGGGCGUUUGGAAUUUUACUUUGGGAGAUCGCCACGUAUGGUAUGUCUCCGUACCCUGGAGUUGAUUUAACAGAUGUUUAUCAUAUGUUGGAGAAAGGUUAUCGGAUGGAAUGCCCUCCUGGUUGUCCACCUAAAGUAUAUGAUCUCAUGCGACAGUGUUGGCACUGGCCUACUGCAGACAGACCUACAUUUAAGGAAAUUCACCACUCUUUAGAAAAUAUGUUUCAGGAGUCAAGCAUAACAGAAGAAGUAGAAAAGCAGUUGCAAGGCAACGGUGAACAACUACAACUAUUGUCUAGUAACAGCAUACAAACUGGAAGUGCGGGAAAUAUACAUGGUCUUGUUCUUGUUUCUGAGCAACACAUUUCUAGUGGAAAUCAAGAUUCAACAAAUUCGUGUAAUAAAUUAAGUACUUUUACGGGAGGUUUCUCAAGUAAAGCUACUCAAAGUCUAGUACAGAUGAGACGCUCAACAAAUAAGAAGGGUAAACAAGCACCAGCUCCACCUAAGCGAACAAGUCUUUUAUCGUCAUGUAGCUCUUUUCGAGAUUCUGCAUAUCAAGACCAAGAUCCUCAGAGUAUUGAAGUCUCCAAUGCUACUAUUCAUGGUGGUACUGACCGCAACGGUAUUGACAACAUAUUGCAAGAAAGAUUUCUACUUCCUCUUACGUGCUACGAGAGUAAGCUCGUCCAUGUGGGAGCUUUGGAGGUGCAAAAUGUUAAAAGGGCUAUUAAUCGGUAUGGCACGCUACCUAAGAAUGCAAGGAUUGGUGCAUAUCUUGAGUCCUUGCGUCAUAGUAGCAUACCGUCAAAUCAUGACAGUAACAGUAGCUUUCUGGUAUCUCCGUUGGAUACCUCUAGCACUGAGCAGCAGCAGCAGCAGUCGCAGCAACAGCAACAAUAUCGUUCUCUCUCGCCUCGCCAAAGCAGCUUCCACAGUCAGGCGCAAAUAAUCAGCAGUAUUUCUUUAAGCGGAGAUGUUACCACGUAUCAGCCAUCUAAUUUACUACCUGGGCGAAACAUUGGUGCUGUUUUGCGAAAGCCCAGCACUGGUUUCGAGAGUAGCAACUUUCAACCGUCAAUUGGAAACUGUACCUUUCGGAAAGCAAGUCCUCCUCGGUCAGCUCAACCAAGCUUAGCCGAUCUUGAGUUUCCACCACCACCACCAUUGGAUCUCCCUCCACCUUUACCAACAUCCAAUUUGCUUUUAGACUGUUCUGUCAAUCAGUGUGAACAGUUGCUGCUGCCAUCGACCGUUUCGACUUCGAGUAACAGACAAGUGCCAUUGACAUUGGUAACGAACUCACCUUGCACCUUAAAAAAAACUAAAAGUAUGCUGAGUGAGAAUCCAGCAGCUCGUGAGCGAAACGGUGACCUUCAGUCAGCUGAACCUUCAGUGAAAGAAGCCAGUUCGAGAUUUGGUGUAAGCCUACGGAAGCGAGAAGAACAGCAACAACAGAAGAUUAGCGAGAUUGUUAAAGUAACAUCUGAUGAUUGCGAUGGUUGUGAAGAAAUCUUGCUUCAGGUUGACACAGCUAUGCAGACUGCAAUGACUCCCACGCCUUCACCUCCUCCUUUACCGCCCUCCCUCGUAUCAUCGAGUCAUAACACGCAGAAUAACCUAAGCACCUUUUCUUCGAAACCCGGAUUGAAAGAAAUGCUCGAGCUCAAGCUCAUCAAUGAAAUCAAGCAAAGCUGUGGUGAGUCAAAGCCUAGCGGCACUUUAAAGAGGAGCAAUAUUUCAAGCAGCAGCAGUGCUCCUUUAGAUCCAGCCUCACAGUUACUAUCUGAGCUUUGUGAGAAUUUUAGUGCUGAUACAAGUAAGCAAAACGAAUACGCGAGUUCGAACGUUGUUAUCAGUUUUACUAAUGCUGUAGAUCUGAAAAAACAACAACAGCAGCAACAAUCGCCGCACGUAGAGCCCACAGGACUUGGUUUCAAAUUAAAAAAAGUUGAGCGGAAAAUGAAUGUCUUGGCAAAGGUAGAAGUUCCAGAUUCUCAAGUAAUUAAUUUUAAGGCUCGACUGCGGAAAGUUGAUAAUAUCGCAGAUAAAUCUUUGUCAGUUUCACUGGUGGAAGAUACAAGCGAUAAAAAAUUGGAUGAUAAGAAGACAAGUAUCACCGAUCUACUAGAUUGUCUAACAGAUGAACAGCUAGAGGACAAAAGACGUAGCACCGGUAGCAUCAAUAGCUUGAAAAAACUGUGGGAGAACAAGGAUACCUUGAGUGCUGGCAGCGAAAUAGCCGGUACACAACCCUCUGCUCCUGGCAGUCCAAAAUUUAGUAAUGCUGGUCACGCUGAAUCAGUAAGUAAACAAUUCGAACAAGACACUGCUAACGAGUCAGUUGGUAAAGAAUUAUCAGAGAAUUUCAGUAUUAUGUCAACGCGUAGCUCACAAACGAGCAGAAAUGAUGAACGUAUGCCAUGGCCGCCAAUCGAACCUGAGGGGUCGACAGUGCUUGUCAAGCCAGCCAAAUCUCUUGUCUGUUCAGGUAAACGUUUUGGCACAUCAAUUUACGCAAUACCCAACUUAUAUAAAAAUGUCAGCACUGAGAAGGAGCCAAAAGAGCAGGAGGAAGAGGAACAGCAACAGCAGCAAAAUCAAAGCCCUGAACUUAUUUCAAAAACAGGCCAUAAACUGAGUAUUCUCGAGAUCGCAAGUAGUAUUGAGAAUGUCAUUAUCGAUCUAAAGGACAACUCUAAUGUAGCUGUGGUCAGCUGGCUUCAGUUGUCAGACAAGGUUAGUUUAUUAUACGGUAUGUGUAACAGCUACACUCAAGAUGCACAGAUUCCACCCCACACCAAGUUCCAGUUUCAUGACUUACUGUCUCGGCUUGAGUUGCAGGCACGAAAAAUUAGAGCAGCUAGUAUGUGUAACACGGUUGAAAAUGCCAAAUUACUUAUGGAUCUACAUAACACUAUUAAAGAUGUAAGUAACGUUGUACAGAGAUGAAAGCGCAACAUCGAGGCUUGAAAUUACAUUACUGUUGACGCUGCCAACACCGUUAUAAGCACAUAAUUAUUUAAGUGCCGUCAGCGAGGCUAGCAAUUGACAUGCUUACGCAUGUACGCGUAACCAAAAACUUUAAAAAAUUGUUGAAACAUCAAAAGACCGCGUGAAAAGGG